CUCCGGGCUGGCGGGGGCGGUGCUCCCGCCGGCAGCCGGGACUUCCUGUGACAGCCCAUUUCCUGGUCGGAUGGGGCCGGCGGGGGGCGGCGGCGGCGGCGGGGUCGAUCCCUGACGGGCUCGGUGGACCGCCGGGAGCUCCGCUAGGCAGCGAUGCGGGCUCCGGGCCCUGCCGGCAGGCGCCCCCCGCCGUGACCCGCCGCGGGCUAAGCCGGUGGGGCUGCGGCAGGCCGGCCCUGGGCGCCGCUGCGGGGUGCAUGGAGGCACCCCCCGUCCGCAGAGAGGUGUGAAUCCCGCGGAGGACAGCGCGCCUGCUCCGCUUGGCCCCGCAAGGCGAGCGGCCCCGGGUCCCCCUCGCCGGCCUCGGCCGGGCUGCGGGAGGAACGAGGAGGGGGUUUGGGACCUUAAAAAUCGCCCCCAUAACCAGGCAGCUGCUGCCUCCUGAGAAAUGAAGAAGUUUUUUGACUCGCGUCGGGAGCAGGGUGGCUCUGGCCCGGGAUCGGGCACCAGCGGCGGCGGCGGCGGCAGCGGCGGCCCGGGCAGCGGGUACAUCGGCAGGGUGUUCAGCAUCGGCCGCUACCAGGUGACGGUGGACGAGGUGCUGGCCGAAGGUGGAUUUGCGAUAGUGUUUCUUGUGAGGACUAACAAUGGGAUGAAAUGUGCCCUGAAGCGGAUGUACGUCAAUAAUGAGUAUGACUUGCAAGUCUGCAAAAGAGAAAUCCAAAUCAUGCGGGACCUAUCUGGCCACAAGAACAUUGUUGGAUACAUUGAUUCCAGUAUAAACUCAGUAAGCAGUGGUGAUGUGUGGGAAGUGCUGAUACUAAUGGACUUCUGUCGAGGAGGUCAAGUGGUGAACCUCAUGAACCAACGCCUGCAGACGGGGUUCACGGAGAACGAGGUCCUGCAGAUCUUCUGCGACACCUGCGAAGCCGUAGCCAGGUUGCAUCAGUGCAAAACGCCAAUAAUCCACAGGGAUUUGAAGGUUGAAAACAUCCUGCUUCACGAUCGUGGUCACUAUGUCCUGUGUGACUUUGGAAGUGCUACUAACAAAUUCCAGAACCCUCAAACAGAAGGGGUGAAUGCGGUAGAGGAGGAGAUCAAAAAGUACACUACAUUAUCCUACAGAGCACCAGAAAUGGUCAACCUGUAUAGUGGCAAACUUAUUACUACAAAAGCAGACAUAUGGGCCCUCGGCUGUUUGCUGUACAAGCUGUGUUACUUCACCUUGCCAUUUGGGGAGAGUCAGGUGGCAAUCUGUGACGGCAAUUUCACCAUUCCAGAUAAUUCUCGGCACUCACAAGACAUGCACUGCCUCAUCCGGUAUAUGCUUGAACCAGACCCUGAUAAGAGACCUGAUAUUUAUCAGGUCUCCUACUUUGCAUUCAAAUUGGCAAAGAAGGAAUGCCCAGUCCAGAAUGUCCAGAACUCUCCAAUCCCUGCUAAACUCCCAGACCCGGUUAAAGCAAGUGAAGCUGCUGCAAAGAAGAGUCAACCAAAGGCCAGGCUGACAGAUCCCAUCCCUACAACAGAAACUUCCAUAGCACCCCGCCAGAGACCUAAAGCAGGACAGACGCAACCCAACCCUGGUAUUUUACCCAUUCAGCCAGCCCUAACGCCCAGGAAGAGACCCACGGCUCAAGCAGCCAUUCAGCCACAAGUUGCAGGACCUGGUGCCCUGGGCAGUGGUCAGCCUUCACUCCCUGCAAGCGUUCCCCAGCAAAAAGCAGCACCUCAGCAGGCUCCUGCACAGCCACAAGCCAAGCAGGCGCUGGCUCCGCAGCAGGCCUCGCAGGCACAGCCCCAGGUCCCUUCCACACAGCCUCAAGCUACACCUCAGCAUCAGCAACAGCUUUUCUUGAAGCAGCAGCUUCUGCAACAGCAGCAGCAGCAACAGGCUGCCUAUUACCAGCAGCAGCAGAUGAUGCAAGCUCAGCAGUUCCCAGUGAUGCAGCAAGGAGCGCCGGCACAGCAGCAGCUGAUGCAAAACUAUUACCAGCAGCAGCAACAGCAGCAACAGAUGAUGGCCCAGCAGGCAGCAAUGCAGCAGAAGACAGCAGCAGCAGCAGUUCAGCAAAAGCAACAAGCCCCGGCGCCACCGCAGCCCCAGGCCCAGCAAGGUGCAGCCCAGCCAGCGCCGCCACAGGAGCAAGUGAUGCAGGCGCAAAUGAGGCAACAGCAAAAACCUCAAACUACACCCCCCCCAGCAGUGCAAGGGCAGAAGCUGGGCUCUCUCACCCCGCCAUCCUCCCCCAAGACACAGCGUGCAGGACACAGGAGGAUUCUGAGUGACGUGACCCACAGUGCAGUUUUCGGGGUUCCAGCCAGCAAGUCCACCCAGCUCCUGCAGGCGGCUGCUGCUGAAGCCAGUCUCAACAAGUCCAAAUCUGCUUCCACCACACCCUCGGGUUCCCCACGGACCUCACAGCAGAAUGUCUAUAACCCGCCCGAUGUCUCCACAUGGAAUCCAUUUGACGAUGAUAACUUCUCCAAACUCACAGCCGAGGAGCUGCUGAACAAGGACUUUGCAAAGCUAGGUGAUGGGAAAGCUCCAGAAAAGAUGGGCAGUUCCACAGAGAACUUGAUUCCAGGUUUCCAGCCGGCCUCAUCUGCAGCCCAAGGAGAUGCAUUUGGUGGCUCUUCCUUCACUGCUGGACCGGCUGAAAAAACAAAAGACAUUCUGAGUUUGGACACUAGCCCUCCUCUUCUGACUGUGCCUGAUCCUUUCAUUCCUCUCCCACUAUCCGACACGCCAGAAAAACUGAUUGAGGGACUCAAAUCUCCUGAGACUGCGCUUCUGCUCCCUGAUAUCCUGCCUCUCGCUGACCCCUUCGGUAGCACGUCAGAUGCUGUGAAUGGAAAACCUGAUGUAGCUGUUGAGAGUCUCAUACCGGGCCUCGAGGCUCCGUUGCCCCAACGCCUUGUGUCACAGACUGAGUCGGUUGCCUCCAACAGAACAGACUCUCUCACUGGGGAAGACUCUCUGCUUGACUGUUCUCUGCUUUCUAACCCUGCUGCCGACCUCUUGGAUGAGUUUGCUCCUGUAGCUUUCACAGCUCAACCUCACAAAGAAGAUACUAACCUGAUAUCAGGCUUUGAUGCUCCUGAGGGCUCUGAAAAAGUGACAGAAGAUGAGUUUGACCCAAUUCCAGUGUUGAUAUCCAAAAAUUCACAAGGUCUGCAGAGGGAUCCGGCCCUGUUCCCAGUUGUAGCUCUUCAGCUCUGUAAAGGACCUCCCGGCAGUGAUGGACUUGCUUUGUACAAGGGCCAGUCUGAGAUGCUGGAGGUGAAAACACAGCACAACUCAGAGUCAGACUACUUAACAAGAGAUGGUCCUUCGAGCAACAGCUCCUUCUACAGCAGCGAAGGAGAGGGGACAGACCACGAAGGAGAUAUUUUGGACUGUAGCGGGUCCAGGCCUCUACUGAUGGAUUCGGAAGAGGAGGAGGAAACCUGCAAGUUGUGCGCAGGAUUCCUGCAGUCUGCGCCCAGGGAAAGACACAAGGCCUCCAAAGAAGAUCCCCACUCCCAGUCUUCCCAGACUAGAGCAGGGAAGACGCUGUUCCCUGCCUUCCAGUCGCACGCCGGGGAGGUUUUUAACGAACCAGAUGUUUUUGCCACGGCUCCUUUCCGAAGCUCGAGAAAAGUGCCUGAUGAGGUGGAUGUCUUUACCAGAGCUCCUUUUAUCUCCAAGGGCAAUGUGGCUCUUAGACAUCCAGAAGAAGCCGAUGUAUUUCUGAGAGCCCCUUUCACUAAAAAGAAAAGCACGGAAGAGUUGACUUCCCAUAGUACGUCUAAGGAACUGUUCACACCACCCGUUUUCCUAAGUCAAGGAGGUGAUGUCCAACAAAGAGCUAACCUGAUGUUCCCCAGCCUGGAUUCAGCAAUGUGUGGCUCCACGGCCUCAGCGAGAUCUCCAUAUCCCUCUGCUGGGUUUACUCAGCCAAGCAAUCUUCAUCCCACUUCUGCAAGAGCUGUGGAGGCCCAGGAAAACACCCCUUCUAAGGGCACGCUGCAAGAGCAGGGUGGCGUGCCCAGUGAGAGAAACCAAGGAGGACACGUGCUGCCCCAGGAAGCUGUGCUGGGCUCUGUGGUUAACAAGCCUUUCCGUCCGCAAUCCUUGUCAAAAUAUUCCCGUCACUACAGUCCAGAAGAUGGGCAGGGUCUCGAAGCGAAGCCCAUAGCUGCUUACAAAGUGGUUUCUCAGACCAACAGACAGGCGAUAGCAGGAUCUGUCUCUGUUGCCCCUCCGUCUUCCAGGACUACAGAGCUGCCCGGCGGGGAUCCGUUUGCUUCAGCACCCUUUCCUUCCAAAGUGGGAAAGCAAAAGCCUUAAUCUGCUGUGAGCUGGGACACGUGCUUCCUGUAGGACCGCCUCUCACAGGACCUUGAACCUCUUAGUUGAAAUGAAUGACAUAGCAAUAUAUAUAUAUAUAAAAAAUAAUUAUUAUUUUUUGGUCAGAACUUUAUUUGCAGUGAUAUAGUUGAACCAUUUUAAGUUAUGUUAGUUAGUCUGAACGCCUGGCUCUCAGGAUCUCCAUAUCCUUUUCAGUUGCUUCUCUAUCUUCAUCCUCUCAUUGUCUUUCCCCCCCCAUUUAUUUCUUAGAUGCUUUUCCAAACCAGUAAUAUUCUGCAUUUUCUGGUCCUGGCUGGGGAAAUGCAUUAUAAGAUGAAUGAAAAGGUUUAUUAAUUACAGAGCAAGUCAAGCGGGACUUGCUAGUGCUCUGGAAAGGAAAUGAUUUCACAGGUUAAAGGGUUAUUGCGACUUCUUUCCUAUCAGUGGGGACUUGUGGACAAGAGCAAGGUUGUGUAUUCCAGCUGCUUGGCAGUGGUGGCAAACCUGGCAGCCAUGGCUCCAGAGCAAUUCUGUUGUGUGCAUUCGGAGGUUACGUGCACACCGAGCGAGAGCCGUGCAGGCGACGUCUGGUACCAGGUUUGUGCAGCGCGGAGGCGAGCAGAGCCGUGGUACCAUGUGUGCAGCGCUUCUUUGCUGGCUGCGGUGGGUAACACAUGGAAGUGCUUCUGCCCGGGUCCUGUGCUGGAGCCUGGAGGAGUCACUGGAAGGACUCACAGUGCCUUUAGUCGCUUGUCUUGCAAACCCGCAGAUGCAUAAACUUCAGCAAAGCAAUCUGUCAGGCUGUUACUAUUGCUGUUGUUUGGAAAAUCAAAUCAUCAGGCAAAGCUUUCGGUUUUACACGUGUAUUUCCUGUCUGGUUUAUGCCAAAGUGUAGGAUGCAGAAAUUUGCUUAUGGUGUUGUGAAGGAGAGGGCCGUGCAUUUUUACAGUAUUAAAAAUACGCCCUAUGGAAGAAUUUAUUAUGCAAACAACUUGAUAGAUGUCCUGAUCUACAUACCUCAUUUGGUGUAAUUCAGCGUUCGCCGCAAUCCGGUUAGAGUGAUUUAUACUAGCGGAGACCUUGACUCUAUACUUGUAAAUUCUGUCUUUUAUUUUUGUGUUGAUCAAGGAUGAACCGAAUCCAUUCACACUCCUUUGGUAACGUUUGCUCUACUUUUGAAAUACUGUGCUUUCUACCGUAUUCCCAAAGAGAAGGACACCUUCUUAUUGCUUUUUCAGUCAUUGAUGUAGUGAAUCCUAACGUAGUGUCUGGAGGAAAAGUCACCCACGCUGGCAGCUGGGCAGAAACAAAGCCGACUUUGCUCCCUUCUCUUUUCAGUAAUAUAAGAAAGAGAUAAGAGUGAAACCUCCCAUCUUUAGUUUGCAAAAUGCCUGGUUGCAUAAAUUGUCUUGGAUCUGCUAUUUCUGGCCCUCAAAGGCUACUUGAAGUGCAGACUGGCUUUCAAAACACCCGGUUACAGGGACUCUUUGGGCUCCCAGGUGAUGAAUCUUUGUGGUGCAGUGAUCCUUCCCCCGACAGGUGUUGGUGCUGCAGAAUGUCUCCCAAGAAAAAAAGUUGAGUGGUUUUAUUUUUAAGGACUUGACAUCUAUGGAAAAAACCCCCAUUGACUGUAGUAGCAUCCGGCCAAGUCUCUUAAAAGCCUUGCAGUGGCCGUUUCCCAAGGGGGUUUGUUCAUUAUCAUGUGAGCUGGAGCCUUGCAAUGAGGGUAAAGGCCAUACUUUGUAUUUGAGGGUCUCCCAUGAGUGGCUUUGAGGUCUUUGAGAGUUUGCAGGGGAACUGCUGGAGCAAUGGAUAGGUUGCUGAGAUCAGGACCAGUCGUACGCAGAGCAGGUUCCUGCCCUGCCCGCUUUCUGAUGUGUUGGUACUUGGAGAGGAAGUCCUGCGGGUACUGUCGCUCUCAGAGGGGGAAGGAUCAGCUCCUCUUCGCUCACUGGAGUCACACCCGGGAGAGCUUCUGCAGCCUCAGACUUCAGUCUAGUUCUGCAGGGAAAAGACACCGUCUCCAGCACAUAGCUUUGUCUGAUGUCAAAAUCAUAAGCAUUAAAAGAAUGCAACAGGCAUAUUAAAGAUGCAUGUGAAGACUGCUAAAACAAAGCAGAGCACUGCACAGUCUGGGGCUCACUCGCUGCUGAGGGGCGUAAGGGGAGGAUGGAUGGAAAACCCCUGAAGCUGGGAGCUAACUAGCGAAGCACCUGCAAAUAGGAGUUACCGACUGUUCCAUGUUUCCUUCCUCCUCCCCAAAUUCAGUUCCCCUCUAACAUAACUCCAGUUGCGAGAGAUGAGCCAAAUGUUCUGCUGGACGUGCUCAGCGUGGGCAUUGCCUGGAAGGCAGAGGGAGAAGCUUGGAUUGAGGUCUUAAAGCCCUGGGGUGGGGAGGGAGAAUACUGGAAAGCAAGGAGACUCUGUUGGCUUGCACAGCCCAGUUGCUGGCAAAUAGUGACUUGUUGAGCCCAGGUCAGGUUGAGUUGUGCAGAGCUGGGAACCUUCUGCCCUGCUCUGCUACACUCAGAGUUAAGUACCAUGGGUGCAAACUGCUGGUUUAGGGUUUUUUCUGUCCUCUGUCACCACUUGAAAGCAGAAGUACUGUAAAGAAAUUUCUGGGUUUCCCUUGAGAUAUUUCUUCAGCAAAUCUGAGGCUGUUGUUUAUUGCGGUUUUUUUUGUCAUUGAGUUUUCUGUUUUAAAUAUAUACCUGAAAGGCGGUUUUUGGUUUUGUUUUAAAUAAAUACCCCCCGCCCCACAGUCAGUUGUUGCGGGAUUGGAUCAGUGAGAGAUGCCGAGAAUGACUGCGACAGCAACCGGUGAAUUCAAGGGAUACCAAGGAGACUGAGCGUGAGGGCGCAGGUUUGUUUCGACACGCUGCCGGGAGGCUGAGUUUGGCCGUGGGCCGUUAAAUUUGCUCGGGAAGCUGCUGGAAGGGAAGCCAGGCCUUGGUAGUGCAGGGAUGAAUCUGUGGAACAGGGGGACGCUUUGCUGGAGCGAGCAGGUACUGUGUAUAAAUAAGAUGUGGGUUCAAGGUAUUACCUCUGCUAACAGGAUUCAGGUUCGCCUUCCUUUGAUUAAUUUUUACUUGAAAAAUUGCUUUUGGAUAAUUCCGUGAAACUUCUUUCAUGCCACGUCCAGGUCUCACUCAGCUGAUGCUGGAGAAGCUUUAGCCCGUUUCCCUUCACGCUCGGGCUGGAGCCCUUUGCCUCUCGCGUGUGUGUGCGUGUCGGCGAGGCUCUGCGUCUCGUUCAGGCCUUGCUCUCCUGCACUGCCAGCCAAGGGAGAAAGGGAAAAUGCAUCGCGGCGCAGCAAGGUGUGCAGGCUUGUUUACAGCCCCCAUUCGGGUUGGAUCAGGCUGAAUUUCCAGCUCGCGUUUUGGCAGCUUUUAUGUUCUUCAAGCACUUUAUGCGAAGAGCAAGCUAACCCUGCCCCAGAAGCUAAUGAUCCUGCCAGCGCACACCCAGUGCUUAGACGGUUUUAAAUCUCUGUUGGGGGGGAGGCGGCUUGUUUUUGUCUCUGUGUGUGACCUAUAAAGUAAUGGGACUUUUGGUUAUGGUCAGAAAACUGAAUUUCAGUGCCUGUUAGGCUGAUAUCCUUCUCAUUUCCCGCCUGUAUUCCUCCUAAUCCUGCGCUGCCAGUACUGCAGCUUCAGCGUGAUGAAUUGUAAGUGGAAAUUUCAUUUCCAUAGUCUCUGAAGCUUACUGCUUUUAAUGAACGCGGAAGAAUAAUGCUAAUUGUUUUCUUUGCCACACAACCGGUGAUAUUAAUGAAAUAAGACCGGUACGGCCCCAACGCAACGUUUUGAAAUCAGUUUUCUGAACAGAACCACUGGUUUCAUCUGUUUUUUUUUAAAGCUGUAGUAAAUUCUGUUAACUGCCCUGGCUCCUCGUGCACAGCCAGAGGGAUGCGGUUAUCGCCGCAGUCCUGCGGCAAUCUUAGAUCUGUGCUGGGAAAGAGGCUGGUUCUUACCCAAUGCCAACUUUAGCCUGAAUGCACUUAAAGUCUCUCUUCAAAGUGAUUAAUCAGUUUCUGCAUUAAAAGGAAAAAAAAAAAAGAGAGGAAGAAAAAAGCAGUUGGCUUGGCUCUCGGUGCCUCACUGCCAUGACGCUUGUACAGCGCACGUAACGGGGCCAGCCGCUGUGGUGUUAACCUGCACUUUCCUGCAGCCUCCUGCAGUGUUUUCGGGACUUUCCCCGUACCCCCCCUCCCUUCCUGCCAGCUCAGUACUACUCAUACGUGAUGUUAAGUUUACAGUCUCUUGAAGCCAGCGCACACUCAAUCUGUAAUGCACACUAUGCACGGAGCACGUAGGUGUUAUUAAGCUUGCAACAGCGAACCCGUGUAAGCAGUCAUGACACACGGCACCUGAAGCAUGUCUUCAGUGGGACUUAAGCAAGCCUGAGCAGGAUCUGUUUAAUCGCUGAACUUUCAAUCACUCCAAAGUGGUAAUCGGUUACUUUAACUCAGCUUCCACCAAAGACUCUUAUGUUGGGGAGUUGAAUUUCUGUGGUUGUUUUUUUUUUUUUUCCUCGUGGUGUUAAAUCAAGGCCUUUCAGUACACCAAAAGACUCCAAAGCAUUUUUACAGUAGUAUCUUGACAGUGAAAUCUUGUUCCAGUUUUGAAACACAUUCCUGAAACCUGAUCAGCUGUAUUAGUGUUUCUAAAAAUAAGCCACGACCUGUAGUUUCCAUUGUAGGUAUGGUAAACACCGUCACACUCAACUAGAAAUACUCCCCUGUGAAGUUAGAGGGAUAAUGAUGAUCCACUGUUCCCCGAUCCUUCCCCUCCAAAGGGAGAAAUAACUGCUCGCAGGGAUGGGGAGGGCAGGGUUCUUGCUCCGAUGUAGGAUGCAGCUGGUGGAGCAUCACUGCACGCCAAGUCUGGCAGUGACAGAAGCUCUCUUGUUGCCGCACGGAGCGGGAAGCCGGAGCUGGAAGCGUCCGUGGUCUCCGCUAACUGUGACAAACAAUCUGUGACUCGUGUCCCAAGAGUAGCGUUCCCUUCGCACCGCGCUGUCAUUAAGGUAAUUCUUAGUGGUCUUGGAAGUACCUCUGACUUGCAGAUUUGAUGGAGUCAAGUUUUGCACUCCGGGUGUGAUCAUCUGUUUCUGGUAAUCAUUAUGAAGAAAUGUUCAAGUUGUAAACUUAUGUACAUUUUAUUAAAACUGUAUCUGAUUACAAUA